UCCAAACCUCCGCUCAAAACUUCUCGGCGAGCCAUGAUCGUUCCAUUUUUCACGCUAACUGACACUUCAAUCUCUCUCUGAGAUCCACAAUAUAUUCAUCACUUUCAGUCCACAACUCAUGUGGACUAUAACCAACCAAUGCCUGCCACUUUAACCUAGCUAGUUCAAUUCACUCCAUUGAUCGAUACUGUGUUUGGAUCUCACAGUGUCAGCCACUCAGUCAGUUAGGGUUUCAACUUUCAAACACAAAAUGUCGGUGGUAAAAGAUCAGAACGAACGAGAACGAGAGUGUGCAGUUGAUGAUGAUGAUGAGUGGGGAGAUCUGAUCACGACUCCGAAUCGGUUGAUUCCGAAUGAGUAUUUUGUUUUGAAGGCGGAGGAAAUGGAGUGUGGAGCGGAUGAUGAUGAUGAGGAGGAGGAGAGGAGAAGAGCUAGGGUUUGUGAAGAUGUUGAGGGUGAUGUGAAGGUUAGGGUUUCAUCGACACCUGUUACGGUUUGGUCUCAGAUUCUUACUGCACCGUCUGAGAUUAGUAUCGAAUCGUUGCUGGAUUCUACUGUUAUGAUUCCUAAUAGUCAGGGAUCUCCUACUGCUGGAACUCUUCCUUUCCCACCUGUGAAUCAUGAUACUUUAGGCAUGAAUUCAGCAUUUGAUGACAGUAGCUGUGGCAGUAAUUCUUUCACAUACCAGCCACAGGGUGAUUCUUUAUAUUGGCCAUGCAUUUCAGAUCUACAAAAUCAGCCACCAGUGUCGUCUGGAUUCCCAGGGGCGUUACCGGAACAAACUGUUGUCACAAAACGCUCUGCUGCCGAUAUGCAUUCUUCUGAGGCGAUUAAACCUCCGAAAACUACAACCCAUAAUGUUAAUGGUACAACUGCAAAACCUGCUCACACUGAUAACCAACUGUCACCCAUCAUACCAGCUAAAGAAACUAACAUGAGAAAUUCAGAAGAUGGAUACAAUUGGAGAAAAUAUGGGCAAAAGCAAGUGAAAGGUAGCGAAUACCCUCGAAGCUACUACAAAUGUACGCAUCCAAGUUGUCAAGUUAAGAAAAAAGUCGAACGUUCUCAUGAUGGUCAUGUAACCGAAAUUAUAUACAAAGGUGCUCAUAAUCACCAAAGUCAACGCAAUGUUAGCGGGUCAACGGACACUAAUAUUGCAAUCUAUCAAGCACCAGAAGGCAUGGAUUUGUCAUCUUCAACAUCAAUUGUCACUGAUAAUUCUGAUUUAAAAUCACACGCUCCAGAGUUUUCGUCUUUAAACGCUAAUUAUGAUGUUGAUGAAGAAGAUGGGAUCCACAUUGGAACAGGAGAUGAAGGUGAUGAAGAUAAAUCAGACUUGAAAAGGAGGAAAAAAGGGAACUUUUUACUGGAUACUAGUUUGGUAACAAGAGCUAUGCGUGAGCCAAGAGUUGUGAUUCGAAUUGAGAGUGAGAUUGAUAUACUUGAUGAUGGUUAUCGCUGGAGGAAAUACGGGCAAAAGGUUGUAAAAGGGAAUCCAAAUCCAAGGAGCUACUACAAAUGCACGACUACUGGUUGCCCAGUGAGAAAACACGUGGAACGAGCUUCUGAUGAUUUAAAAGCAGUUCUUACAACAUAUGAAGGAAAACAUAACCAUGAACUACCAGCAGCCAGAAACAGCACCCAUGCCCACCCAACCAUGGACAAUGGUUCAGCCGCCAACGCACCUAACCAACAAUUAGCAAAACUCACUAACAUCCCAAAACCCGAACCACUAGUUCAAGAUCUUCAUCUUCGUUAUAACCAAAAACUCAACAACGACCAUAUUCCAUCAAAAUUCAUUGGGAAUUUUGACCCAUUGUCUUUUAAUCCUGUUCUACCCGAUUUCCCAAUUUCACUACCACCUUCUGCAACCAUGGCUCAGAACGGCUUCGGUCAGUAUUUUAUAGGCGGACAAGUGAGGAACAGUUUCGUCAAACCAAAACUCGAGCAGGAUAACAGUUUUUAUGACAGUUUUGAGGCAUCCAUGAGGUAUUGUCGCACACUUCCGAAUUUUCAGUCAUAGAAUGGAAGUUUUUUUAGAAAACAUUUAUUAUUUCAUUUAAAGUAGGACGGAGUUCCAAAUCUAGGUUAAGAGGUCCAUUAGUUGUUAUUCAUUUGUUUUCACAGUUUUGUUAUUUCAUUUUGUAGCGAAGGAAUUUUGCAGCCCUUCA